CCUCCGCAGCACAGAGCUGGGAUAAUCCCCCUCCUAACUGUGCUUAUUUCGUCUGAUCCUCUGCAAACAGGAGCCAAAAAAGAAAUAAAAAAAUAAUAAUAUAGUUAUAUAGGACACGAGCUCACGUUAUCCUAAGCCCAAUCAGAACAUACAUAGGAAUAAAAUAUUGAUGUUACAGUGCCUUUAAGGCAAGAGCACUGUAGCAAAGCCCAAGUGAAAAGGAUGAACUAAGUCAGCAGGAGGAGCAGGUGUCUGGGCGGUGCAACCACAUUCCCUUCUUCCCAUUCUCUCUCUCUCUCUUUUUUUUUUUUUUUUUGCAAUCUCUUCUUGUCUUUUCAUUCUUUCUUCCAGCAGAAGGAGCUGCUUGUCUGAGCAUAGAGGACCGGGAGAGGGCUGUGUGGCUGAGACGCACGCUGCCUGUGUUUGUAUACACAGCACUCUCAGACAGACAGCAGCUUUUUGAUUGCUGCUGUCUCAUUGCUGUCAGCCGCUGCUGACUGGUGACUCCGGGCAGUCGUGCUGUAGACGCUUAUAAAUCGCAGUCCUGGUGCUCUUUACGCAUUGGCGGCCAUUGACUGCGAAAACACGCAGAAUUUUGGGAACAGGAAUACUGAAGAAGCAUCACAUCUUCACAGGACAGGACUUUGGCUUUUUAAUUUUUACCUUCGGAAGGAUCAUUUGGUGGCUCUGUUCCUGACUGAGAAACAUGUUCCAUAAGGAGGUCGCUCGACUCCUGCUAAGUGUCAGCUUUUGGGUCCCUCUCCUAGUUUCGGGAGAUGUGUGUGAACCCAACCCAUGUGAAAAUGGAGGAAUCUGCUUGUCUGGUUUAAGCGAGAAAAUCUUUACAUGUGAGUGCCCUGCUGGCUUCCUUGAUCCCAACUGUUCUAGUGUUGUGGAGGUUGCAGGAGCAGUAGAAGAAGAGCCCACAUUUACAGAUCCAUGUCACCCAAAUCCCUGUCAUAAUGGCGGAAAGUGUGAAAUCAGUGAAGCAUAUCGCGGUGAUACAUUUAUCGGAUAUGUCUGCAAAUGUGCGCAUGGCUUCAAUGGAAUUCACUGCCAGCAUAAUGUAAAUGAAUGUGAAAAGCAACCUUGUCGGAAUGGCGGAAUCUGCACGGAUCUUGUGGCCAACUACUCAUGUGAAUGCCCUGGUGAAUAUAUGGGACGUAACUGCCAGUAUCGAUGUUCCGGGCCUCUUGGUAUGGAAGGAGGGAUCAUCUCAAACCAGCAGAUAACAGCAUCUUCAACUCACAGGGCACUUUUUGGAUUACAAAAGUGGUACCCUUAUUUUGGCAGACUGAAUAAAAAAGGUCUUGUAAAUGCUUGGACCUCAGCAGAAAAUGACCGGUGGCCAUGGAUCCAGAUAAAUUUACAAAGGAAAAUGAGAGUCACUGGUGUUAUAACUCAAGGAGCGAAGAGAAUAGGAAGCCCCGAAUAUAUAAAAUCAUAUAAAAUAGCCUACAGUGAUGAUGGAAAGUCCUGGUCAACAUACAAAGGAAAACGAACCAAUGAAGAUAUGGUAUUCCGAGGAAAUGUGGACAAUAACACGCCAUAUGCAAAUUAUUUCACUCCACCAAUUGAAACCCAGUACAUUCGGUUGUACCCGCAGGUGUGUAGGCGGCAUUGUACUCUCAGAAUGGAGCUGCUGGGCUGUGAACUAUCAGGCUGCUCGGAACCACUUGGGAUGAAAUCAGGACAUAUACAGGAUUACCAAAUCACAGCCUCGAGCAUUUUCAGAACGUUGAACAUGGACAUGUUUACCUGGGAGUCUAGGAAAGCCCGAUUAGAUAAACAAGGCAAGGUGAAUGCUUGGACAUCUGGAAGAAGUGAUCAGUCGCAGUGGUUACAGGUGGAUCUCCUUCGUCCUACUAAGGUCACUGGGAUAAUUACACAAGGAGCUAAAGACUUUGGGCAUGUGCAGUUUGUGGGAUCUUACAAGCUUGCUUUCAGUAAUAACAGUGAACACUGGACGGUGUAUCAAGAUAAAAAACAAAGAAAAGACAAGGUAUUUCAGGGAAAUUUUGACAAUGAUACCCACAGAAAGAAUGUAAUUGAGCCACCGAUCUAUGCAAGAUUUAUCAGAAUCCUCCCAUGGUCAUGGUAUGGCCGAAUCACAUUAAGAGCUGAGCUAUUAGGUUGCACUGAAGAGGACUGACAACUUUCAUCAUCUGACAACUCAAAAUAAAAAAAAUAAAAAAAUAAAAAAACAUCAAAAUAAUAAAAAAUAAUAAUUUGGAAAUGAAAGAAAAAAACUGCAAAACCUGAAAGCAAAAAUGAAUGGAGUUUCAUUUGAAUUAAGUGCUCACUUUUUGGUAGGCUGGUAACUGUUUUUGCAAGGUAGUCUGUGCCUGCCCCUAAAAUGAUCCCACCAAUAAAUACCCUUCAAAUACUAACCCUUUCUAUUGAGAUGUUUUAAUUUUCUUCUACGUUGUUCACACUGGUUGAAAUAUGUUGGGGAAGAAAGGCAGCAUCGUUUUACUCAUUUUCUGGUUUAACAUAUGAAUUUAUUUAUUUUUAAUUAAGAAAUUGCAAUUUUAGCAGUUCUCUUCCGAGCUAAAGAAAUCGACAAAUGAAAAUUUCCUUUCUACCUUAUAACUUUAGAACUGAUGCUGCAGCUUAGCAAUAAGAUUUCUCUGGGAUGACUGCUUUAUCCUAAUUGCUUCCCUCGUGCCUAUCAAAAUAUUAAUAUUUACAUAUAAGAUUUUAGAAAUCCAUUUGAUUUACACCUGUGAAAUUACAAACUUUCAAUAAUGUUUUUUCCCCUCUUAAUUUCAUUCCUAUUGUGCAUGUUCUUGAGGCAUGUUAUUACUUGUGUUAGAAACAUUUCCUUCCUCAAUGACCUGAAUACUAAACUAGUGCAUAGAGUGAGGUUUAUUUUCUGCAUGUCAUAAAAUUAACAAUACAUCAGUAUCUUAUCCAUUCUUUUUAUUUUAUUUAAGAGACAGAACGCACUGACGUCCAAGAUUAUACUAACAAAUCUUUCUGAAUUUUCCGAAGGCAUUAUAUUUCUAUGGAGAUUCUUUUUAUGCAUAAGAACAUAAUAAUAAAAAGUUUUACUUAGCAUAUUUGCAUACACGUACAGUAUAUCUUUUUUAUUUUAUGCAGAAUUAUUUUAGGUGAUUACAGUAGCAAGGAAGGAGAUGAGAGGAAAAAAUGAUAGGCUUGUACACAUGUUCCAUGAGUCAAUAUCCGUGUCAUGUAGUUUUUAAGUUGUUAAACAUGGCAAAUUUGCAUAUAUAUAAGAAAUAUUGGAACGCAAGCUUAUUGUAUGGGAGAUGUACAAUUCAUGUUCCAAAUAUGACCUACAUAUGUGUUUGUGUAGAUGCAAAUAUUGUUUUUUGGUAAGACCAGUUGAUAAAGAGUGUGAUGAUGUGGUGGUAUCUACUCAAGUUCUGGUUACUUGCAUUAUUUCGUUAUUUAGGGUGUUCUCAUUCUGUCCCAUAUUCUAUAUGUUCAGUUCAAUAAAUUCCAUUUAGCCAGCUAAAAACCCAAGGAGACAUGAAAACAGACAUUUGCGUGUUAUGGAGAGAUAUGGGUGGAUGUUCAUUCCUGUUUGUAGUGCAAAGAAGAAAAUAAUGGCAGAACGCCACAAGGAUUAUGAGCUAGACAUAAACGCAUAUACAUUACUUUCUGAGCUGAACAUGUCCAAACAAUGUGAUAAACUGUUGAGGUCCUGUGUUCCAUUCUUUCUUUAUUAUUAUUUUUCAAUUGUGCUGCAUACUAAUGCCACUAGAUGUCAAUGUCCUGUCUGUCUGUAAACUGUUCUUCAAAGAUAUAUAUUGUGUAUGAUGUUGUAUUCAACCUUGGUGAACAAUAUUAAAGGGAAAGUCAAACAUAACGACCUAUUGGUAAUUCAUUGUAAAUCAGUUAUUUAAGAACACUGCCCACACUUUGCACUUUAUGAUAUACUGUAGUAUUUGCUAGAAUUUUUGAGUCAUAAAGUUUUUCUUUAGUUUUUGUUGCAGUGUUUAUUGUUUGAAUUUUGGUUUGGUUUUGGGUAAACAAUGCACUUUAUAAUAAUUUCCUUAUGACACUAUCCACACUUACUGAAUCCGUUCCCUCUCCACCCAUUACUUACAUUACAAUAAUUGUUUAAAUUAACAUCUAAAAAUGUAAAACAUUUUCUCAAACAAUAACGUUAUGCUUGACGUGUCAGUCCAAAUAUAGCUUUUUAAUAUAUUUAUUCACCAGUGUUACAGAGGGAAUUUUGUUGUUCUUUAGUUUUCUUUGUUUGUUAAUUAACACAUAAACAGCUAAAAUAUUUAGUAUUUUGUAGUUUUUAUUUGUACAAUUAGAAGCAGAGCAUUUUGUAUAUUAAUUAUUUAACAGAAAAUUAAAUGAGGGAAUAAUUUGCAUUUGUAAGAAACAUGUGAGUACGCUAAGUGUUAUCUUUUUUAAAACAGGGAUAUAAAUUCAUAUGAAUAGAGCUUUGAAUUAAUAUCAGGACAUCAGGAGCCAGAUUUAAUGACGCCCGAGAUUACCGGAGAUGCGAGAUGCCGGACGAUCUUAGACUUUUAUUGUAAGGGACAAUCACUUACAAGGCAAAACCAUGCCUUGUACGUGAUUGCCCCUUUAAAAAAAAAGUCCAAGAUCGUCCGGCAUCCCGCACCUCAUUACAUCCGGCCCUAUUUGUUUUACAUAGUCAAGAUAACCUAAGAUGAAUUGUAACUUUCCAUUCCACAUUGCUAAUGUUUACUUUGCAUUUAGACCCCAAUGUACUAUAGCCAUUUACCCAAAGGGCUUGUCACAAAAACUGGUUCUAGUUUUAUGUUGACUUUCUCUUUUGAUAUGAUUAUUUAAGCUUUGAAGAUAAAAGGUACUGUACAACAUACAAAUAUAAGAUGAGGGUUAGGGAUCUCACUUAUUAGCGAGUACGAAGUAUCAAACACGAUAACCUUUGCAACUUUUCAAACUGUGUAAUACUGAAAUGUUUUUGUAAAUAUUUAAAUCAUGUAGGUUGAUGUAAAGUCAGUAUGACAUUGUCUAGUCUUCAAGCCUAAAAUAAACUUUUGAAAAACUAGGCUGUAUUAA